AUGGUUCCAACAACUGAUGAUUCAUUUAUAAGCGAUGGUGAAGAAGAAUAUUGUCCAUUAUGUGUUGAAGAAAUGGAUAUUUCCGAUAAGAACUUCAAACCAUGUCCAUGUGGUUAUCAAAUCUGUCAAUUUUGUUAUAACAAUAUCAAACAGAAUCCAGAAUUAAAUGGAAGAUGUCCUGGUUGUAGACGAUUAUAUGAUGAUGAAAGCGUUGAAUAUAAAACAAUCAGUGCUGAAGAAUAUCGUUUACAACAAUUGAAAAAGGAAAGAAGAGAACGUGAUAAGAAACAACGUGAAAAGGAAAAGAAAGAAACUGAAAUGGCUAAUAAAAAACAUUUAGCUGGUUUAAGAGUUGUUCAAAAAAAUUUAGUUUAUGUAACUGGUUUAAAUCCUCCUUGUCCUCCAGAAGAUUUACAUUCUGUUUUAAGAUCAGAUAAAUAUUUUGGUCAAUAUGGUAAGAUUUCAAAAAUUGUAAUUAAUAAGAAAACUCCUCAUUUACAACAACAACAUCAUCAUCCUUCUUCAUCAAAUCCAGGUUUGGUUGUUUAUGUUACAUUUGCCAGAAAAGAAGAUGCAUUGAAAUGUAUUAAUGAAUUAGAUGGUUCAUUAUGUGAUGGAAGAAUAUUAAGAGCUGCUCAUGGUACUACUAAAUAUUGUUCGUCUUAUUUAAGAGGUCAUCCAUGUCCAAACCCCAAUUGUAUGUUUUUACAUGAACCGGGUGAAGAAGCAGAUUCUUAUACUAGAAAAGACUUAUCUACUCAACAAGGUAUUAAGAUGGGUAUGAUGGGUAUGACUGGUACUUCUUCAAGAAUGGGAAGUAAUGUCCAUAAUAAUAAUGGCCAUGGACAUCAUCAUAACGAUAGUGAAGAAGAAGAUGGAGAAAGUCAUGCAUCAGAUGAUGAUCAUGCUAAUAAUAGUCAAAUACAACAACAUCAUCAUCACCCAAAUCAUCAUUAUGAACCACAUAAAGAUGUAUUACCAGCUACUGCAAGUUGGGCAAAAGCUGGAAGUUCAUCUGCAAGUAGUUCACCUCAAGUUAAUAAUAAUAUUCCAUUGGCGAAUUCAGCAGCAUUCCCAACAUUGGGUGAAAUAUUCCGUGAUCAAAAACAACAACAAUCACAGCAACAACAACAACAACCUAGAAAAGAAGUUGUUAAACCGAAAGGAGGAAAACUUACCAAACUUACAAAAGAUAGUGUUUUACUUCCUGAUGAAGUUGAUAUUGAUGAUGAUUCGGUAUUGAAUUUUGUUGAUUCAGUUACUGAUCAAUUAAGAAGUUUGGAAGAUGGCCCUUCAAAAAUGGAUAUUGAAUUUAAACCAUUCUCAAAUGCAAAUGGGAAAAUCUUACCAUUAUUUGAAUUUAAUAAACAUGCAAAUUAUAGAAAUGAUGAACUUAAACCAGAAGAAGAAGCAUUAUUAGCUCGCCAAGUGAUUGAAAAGUUUUUGUUGAGACCAAUUAAGAAUUAUCAUCUCGCUUAUCAAAAUCAUCCAAUUGUACAACAACAAGCAUUAUUACAACGUCAACAACAGCAAGCACAACAGCAACAACACGUGCAACAACAACUCCAACAACAACAACAGGCACAAGCACAACAACAACAGACUCCUAAUUUGCAAGCAGCUCAAUUGCAACAAUUACAACAGUUACAAUUAGAACAACAAAAAAGAUUAUUAGAAGCAGAAGGUAAUUUAGCGGCUGUUGAACAACAAAAACAAGCCCAACAACAAUUAUUAUUACUCCAAUUACAACAACAACAAGCUCAACAACAAGCACAACAGAUUUCGAUGUUGAGAGCUAAUGAACGUGGAAAUACAUCUACACCACCUCCACCAGGAUUGUUUUCAGGUAAUGCUAAUAAUAACGUAGUUGUACCAAAAAUGGCAACUGGACAAAUUCCUCAAGGUGUUGGUAUUCAACAACGUCAAUAUAAUGAUGGGGUUGUUCCUACUACUGUUGCUCCUUCUGCUGUUCCUUCUUCUAGUUCUCAAUUGUUGACACAAUUGAUGAGUGGGAAGAGAUAG